AUGGCAAAGGUUAUGAGCAUUCAUGACCUUGAGGUGCGCUUCGGUCAUCUCAAAAAAGUCGGCCAUGGCAGCUCCAUCCUACAAAAAGGCCGCAUCCUACAGAAAAAUCUGGGGCUGCCGAAAAAUCCUGGCCAAUUCAUUAACGGCCAGGGCCUCAGCGGGGAGUGCCAGGCUUCUCCAGGUGACAACCGGGGCCCUGUUUCUUGUCUUCGCUAUUCCCCCAAUUCUGCUCGUUGCCGCUCCCCCCGACGACCAAAAAAGGUCACUUGGGACCUUCCUAUGGCCGAAGCACCUCCUCUGGAAGAGGGGGUUGUGAACGCUGCCCUCAAUCCUCUUUCUUUUCCUCGUCCCUUGAAAAGCCCUCGCCGCUGCCGCUCCCCCCGGCGAGCUGAAAAAGUCACCUGUGACCUCCCCGUGGCCGAAGCACCUCCUCUGGAAGCGCCGGACGUGGAGAUGGUGGACGCCCCUCCAUUGGAGGAGGCCAUGGUGAAGAGUACCAAUGACUACGGAGAUUUGUGUUGUCGCUUAGAAGAAAUGUCGUUGGAUGUGGUGAUGGAAGACGCUCCAGCUUUGGACCUUCUCUGGUUCAACGAACCUGACAACAUGGUCAAGGCCAUGGAGUCUCCAAGUUCCGGAGAGCAUGUUCGCGGCUCUCGAGAAGACGAAGAUCACUGCACCACUUGCCAAACGGAUAGCAGACCGUAUUCCAACUGCAACCUAAUCAAACGAUUAUGCGAACAAUGCCUGAUCGUGGCCAAUGCCAUCGAUAUCCUCCACCUUGAAAGCAUGAGCGCUCGCGCCAUUCAAAAGGUCCACGGGGUUCUCCGCAAGCUGUUCGACAAGGGUCCGGAACAAGCCCACAAGGCGCUGAAGAAGGCACGAGAGGCAGUCACUCUAGUGUCUCUGGCUAACAGAAGACGGAAGAGAGCGUCCGGAGACGCCGCUGGCUAG